GCCUACUACCUAACUAACUGUAUGUUCCGUACCCUGAUUUGUUUUCCUUCGAUCUACUUAGCACCUGUUGGUUUUUGUACUUCUUUCCUCAUUUCCCUUUACUUCCUUCAUCUCUCCAACAUCUUAAUAAAACCCACCCCCCCAUCGUUGAUCUUCUGCAAUUUCCAUUUCUUCUUGAAUCAUCUUCCUAAAACAUCCAUUAUCUUCAUCCUUGUCAUUCGCUCAGUUGUUGAUCGCCUCUCUUGUUCUUGUGGUUUUGGCGUACUUAAAUCGAGCACCCAUGUUUUCCAGUGAAUUCUAUCACUCACCAGGCGACUCGUUCGUUCGUCACAGACAGCUGGGCGAUUCUAUUCCACGAAGUUGGAGAGUACCAUCACCAGCCUCGGCACCUUUCGUCGUUGAUCUUACUCACUCUGAUGGUGGUUCGGUUCCGCUAAAGUCUGAGACAACCCCAUCGGAUACCGCACCUGCGUCUACUCUUCCAGGCUGGCUUCCUGGUACACCGAGUCCUGCUUCGGUCUACAGCUCUCCUCGGAGCGAAAUAUCCAGCAUCAGUUCAGGAGAAGGACGGAGUCAUCUAUCACCUCUUCCUCCGAAUCAGUACCUAGGCAGGGCGCCUUUUCCAUCCGAGUUCAUCUCUCGGGAUCUUGAACCAGCAGACUCAUCUUCAAGACUGGCCCAAAGGAGUCCCUCGCAAGCCUUUUCACAAAUAUCACAGGCGUCAGAUUCUUCAUUGUUAUCUCAGUCGAUGCAUCCCGGAUCAGUAGCAUUUCUGACGACCAACAUGGCACACAACUCUCAGAAUUACGGCUGGCAAAACAGGCCACCCCAGCCUCUCCAUCCGACUUCAAUGCCUAUGGAUCAACAAUCAUAUCCCCAGGCACACACACUUCCACCACAAUCCGGUUACCCAGCAGCAUAUCCACCUCAGCAUGCCACUUCACAGAGUUACUACCAACCAGGACUCCCGUCGACACAUUACCUCACCCCACAGCCGGGUGUGCCCCAGAGCCGACAUCAGCCUCGAAGUUCUUCCAUUCCAUAUCCUUAUCCCAGCGCUUCCGUAUCUGGCAGCCCACCUACCAUGCCAGAUCCCUCUUUUACAUCAACACCUCCUUCAUACCUAGUCAAUCAGCCAGAUUACUACCUAACGCCGAACUCUUCACUCUCGCAAACCCCCAACUCUAUUCCCCAACCACAUAACCUGAUGCCAUCAGGGACAGUGUAUUCCUCUCCCGAGUCAGCUCCCAGUUCCUCAGAUCCAGAUCAAGUUCGCGUUCUCAGUUUUCGGCCAAAACCUCAAUGUUGGGACCACGGAUGCAACGGGCGUGAAUUUUCUACCUUCAGCAACCUGCUCCGCCACCAACGAGAGAAGUCGGGAGUGGUUGCCAAAGCAGAGUGUCCCAUUUGUGGUGCUGUGUUCACACGCACCACGGCCAGAAACAUCCAUGUUGCUCAGGGGAAGUGCAAGGGGGUAGCAAGGGAGCCGUCUGCCGAAUAAACCCCCACACAGAGGCUAGCGUCAGGGGCCAUGGACAUGGCAUGAGCGUCUGGUACAUGGGCUAGGACAUCGCCGAACCUCGUGAAUGCGGGCUUACUGUCGGGUUUCGGGCAGCAGCGUAUUCUAACAGUACACCGUCUAGGCGACGGACCCAGAACAGAGCACAGAUCUGUACAGUGUACAGAUGAUGGGUGGAUCAGAAGAGGGAAAGCCCCACACCACGGACUUGGGCCGAUGGACACUGCGAGGAGUGUCCACUUUUUGCAUAUCAACUUCUCGGAACGAAUAUUCUUGCAUGUGUCGUAUUAUUUAGUUGCAUUUGUUUAAUACCCUGUGGGAUAUCUUACACUGGAUAGCAAUUUGAUCACUUUGGAUGGGAGUUUCAA